AUGAAGGCUUCUAUGCUUGUGGUGCUCGCACCAGGUUUCCUGACGUUGGUUGCAGCACAGCGAAAUAACAAUGGUGGUGGUCAGUUCGACAGCUUGGUCUCGGAAGCAUUUUCGGCCUUCACUCAAGCCAGUUCAAUAUCUGCCUCGUCCGUUACGGAGACUUCAGCAGCUGCCGCGUCCUCUUCGUCCGCAAUCGAAACCACGACAACUUCCAAUUCCCAGUCUCUGACCGCACCGGAAACAUCGGGAUCCGCCUCAGAGUCGACGUCGACUCCAAUUUCGAUAUCAUCUGAGUCACCAGCCUCGCCAGCUGCCUCCACCCGUUCGCAAGCCUCAUCGUCGAUUUCUUCACAUGCAUCAUAUGCUGCAUCAGCCUCUAAUCCUCCCUCGCCAUCGACUUCUGUAUUGGGAGCAGCCUCAGAGACCGGCGCCGCAAGCGCGUCUUCAUCAGGGCCCAGCCAUGACUCAAACCUUCCCAUUAUUCUUGGCUCUGUCCUCGGAGCUCUUGGUCUUGGGUUGGUCAUCUUCGCCGUGCUGCUUUGUCGCAGGCGCCGUCAACGGAACCAGUCACCACGUAACGGAGCACUUUCCCCAGCGGACGACGAGGUUGGCGACGAAAGCCCACCAUCGGCCCCAACCGGGGGUGAGGAUCCAUCAAAUCGUGGCCUUGGUGUGGUCGGAGCGUCACCUUCCAUGGCCGAACAUCCCGCUCUCCGCGAGAAUGGAGAGCCUGAAAAUCCCUUUGUUCCCAUUCCUCCACCCCCCCGACGGACCGCACCCCAUUCUCGAGGCGUCUCGACCGACGGCGUGGUCCCUGGAGAUGAGGCUUUCCUCACAAAGAAAGAGGCGGCAAGACCUCCGAGCUCCCCCAGUAAUAUGUCCCACAACAGUUCGCACCAAGGGGCUCCAGCGGCAGGCCUGGUCGGCGCAGCUGCUGGUGCGGCUCUCAUGCACCAAAGUAAUCGCGAAAGUAAUGGAAGCUUGGUCUCCAAUGAGAGAUCACGCCACGAGCCCGAGAGUCAGCGCCAAAUCAAUCGAAAGCCUGUUCCAGUCAAUCACGUCAAUAACAGUGAGCCAUGGCCAUAUUCUCCCGUCUCGCCAAUUGAUCAAACCGCCAAAGCCCCCGCUACGAGCGGAUCUCCUUCACAAAGUAGUGAUGAGAGCCACCGAUCCUUCAGGGACGCAACCAGAGCCAACGAGGCAUUUGAUCAGGGACAUGCACCCAAAGAUGGUGAUAACGGACGAGGGCAUGUACUUGCGACGGGCGCAGUAGGUGUUGCAACCGGAGCAAUUGGAGGCGCGCCAUUGACACGACAUUACAAUCGACCUCGUUCGGAGGGCAGCAGCAGUGGAUACAGUCACCGGACCAGCCGGAGCCCUCGUCGCUUAUCCUACAUGACCUCAGGUGAUGGGUCCGAACCCUCCAACUCCUCGAGAACAUCCAUCAUCAGCCAGCCCUACCGUGACUCAGUUCCCAGCUAUCCACCCUCACCCAAGAGCAGGCCGAAUUCGACCCCUUCUGCCUUCCCAUCCUCUAGAACGGAGCGCAACCUGCAUGAAAUCCCACCAAUCCCUACAACCCCCAGUCGACGUAACAGUGCACUCGGCCCCGCUGCCCCGACGACGACGACAUUCAGCUACGUGAACCGCCCUAGUGUGCCCAGUCCGCUGUCUGGCGAGAUCCGGAAUGAUUUCCCCUACCCACCUCCUCGCUCGGCUGGUGGCAUGCCGAGGGGUUCAGGGAUGAUGAGCCAAAACCCACGUCGGCGAAGUGCUGGAACGAGAUACACCCCCGACCACAUAUAUGAAUCAUAUGGUACACCGGGCGAUUACAUCCAUGACGGCAUGGGUCCGGUGAAAGGUAUCGUUGGCGACAACGGGUAUCCACACUUGGGAAUCCCCCGACGGAGGAGUGGUGGUGAGUAUGGGAUGGGUUCGACGACGGGCAUGUUGGGGCCGCAGAUGUUAGCACCACCUGAGGCCCUUGCGAGUGAAGACCAGACCACGCGUACGUCGACAAUGGUUUCCGACCACUCGAGUUGGCGGCUGAGCUCUGGUAUCCCAGGCAGCAGGCAGGCCGAUAGAGGCAAUAUGAACAGCCCCCGAAGCAGUGGGAGUCAUAUGCCUGAUUCGGUUGCCAAUGAGAAGAGAAGGACGUGGGCGAGCGAUGUUGCUGGAAGCGAGAAAGGUCCUUCUCAGCGUCCUGGGCUGGGCGAGGGCCUUUAA